AUGAGAUCCAAGUUUAAGGACGAGCAUCCCUUUGAGAAGCGCAAGGCCGAGGCCGAGCGCAUUCGUCAAAAAUAUGCUGACCGCAUUCCCGUUAUUUGUGAGAAGGUUGAAAAGAGCGACAUCGCUACCAUCGACAAGAAGAAGUACCUCGUUCCGGCCGAUCUCACCGUGGGCCAGUUCGUCUACGUUAUUCGCAAACGGAUUAAACUCUCUCCAGAGAAGGCCAUCUUCAUCUUCGUUGAUGAGGUCCUGCCUCCAACCGCUGCUCUCAUGAGCAGCAUCUAUGAAGAGCACAAGGAUGAGGACGGAUUCCUUUACAUCACAUACUCGGGCGAGAACACCUUUGGUGGUUUCGAGACUGCCUAA